AUGUUGGAUCCUAGUGAUGCGAAUGAGGGCCGCCAGCUGAAGAACGCGUACAACCGGGCUCGUCGAGCUAAAAUGAAGUUGCAGCAGAAUUCUGCAAUUCCAGGGGAGAAUGAUUUUCAGAUAAAGCCUUCGAAGUGUUCUUUUGGCAAAAAAUCGGUGGAGUAUUUGGGCCACAUCAUAUCUUUUGAAGGAGUUAAGGUGGAUUCCAAGAAAAUUGAGGCGAUGCUUGAUUGGCCUAAACCAAAGAAUUUGAAGGAACUUCGGGGGUUCUUGGGGCUGACCGGAUAUUAUCGAAAAUUUGUCAAAGAUGUUGGAUCAAUUGCUAAGCCAUUGACGGAGAUGACGAAAAAAGGAGGGUUCAAAUGGGCUUGCCGUACGGGAACAGGGACCUGCUGGACUCGAUGGCUCGCGAACAGAGGUGACGUCUGCGGAUGCUGGAAUUCGGUGGGACUCACGAGCAGGGACCGACAGGAGCUUCACGCGGAGGCUCGUCUGAAAACUUCAGCGACCGGUUUGCGGAGGAGCUGCUACAGGUUGCUAUUAUGGAGGGUUCUCGCCGGAAAGAGGAGGGCAGCGGUGCACAAUGGAUGCUUGCGGAGAUGCUGUUGGUUCGCGGGAAGACGCAAGGGGUCGUCGGAGAUGGUGGCAGCGACUGUUUCUGCUUGCGAGGACGAUGAUGAUCGCGAGCAGAGGGAGAUCGCUGCGAGGAAUCUCUAG